AUGUGGCAAAUAAAUAUUCGUGCCAUUCUAGUUCUAUCUGUUUUAGCAAUUGUGGAAUCUGAGGAUCCUUACAGGUUCUUUGAUUGGAAGAUCACUUAUGGGGACAUCUACCCUUUAGGCGUACGUCAACAGGGAAUCCUCAUAAAUGGCCAGUUUCCGGGACCAGAUAUACAAGCUGUUACUAACGACAAUCUCAUCAUCAACGUACAAAAUAACUUGCCAGAGCCUUUUCUUCUCUCAUGGGAUGGAGUUCAGCAGAGGAAGAAUUCAUUCCAGGAUGGAGUUUAUGGAACAAAUUGUCCCAUUCCUCCUGGAAAGAACUUCACUUACAAAAUGCAGGUCAAAGAUCAAAUAGGAAGUUUUUUCUAUUUUCCAUCUCUUGCAUUUCAUAAGGCUGCUGGUGGAUUUGGAGGAAUUAGGAUUCUCAGUAGGCCUAGAAUCCCUGUACCAUUCCCUGACCCUGCUGGGGACUACACAGUACUGAUUGGAGACUGGUACAAAACAAAUCACAAGGUACUCAAGGCUAUUUUAGACUAUGGUAAGAGGCUUAAGUUCCCUGAUGGCAUCCUAAUCAAUGGCCGUGGUCCCAACGGCUCAUCAUUCACCGUUGAACCAGGAAAAACUUACAGGUUCAGGAUAUCAAAUGUGGGACUGCAAAAUUCACUUAACUUUCGUAUUGAGGGACACAAAAUGAAGUUAGUUGAAGUUGAGGGGACUCACACCAUCCAAACAACCAUGUCCUCUCUUGAUGUCCAUGUUGGUCAGUCCUAUUCUGUGCUAGUCACUGCUGAUCAGCACGCUAAAGACUACUACAUAGCCGUUUCCACACGUUUCACGAGCCAGAUCCUCACCUCCACUGCCGUUCUUCACUAUAGCAACUCCAUAAAACCGGUGUCUGGACCACCACCAGGAGGACCAACCACCGAAAUUGAUUGGUCACUAAAUCAGGCUCGUUCCAUCAGGACAAAUCUCACUGCAAGUGGGCCAAGACCAAACCCACAAGGCUCAUUCCACUAUGGUCAAAUAAAAGUUUCCAGAACAAUCGAACUAGCUAGUUCAGCUGGACUAAUCAAUCACAAACAGCGUUAUGCAGUUAAUGGUGUAUCAUUCGUCCCAGCUGACACACCACUAAAGCUUGCAGACUAUUUCAAGAUUGGAGGGGUUUUCCGCGUUGGAAGCAUCCCUGACAAUCCAAGAGGCCGAAGAAUACAUACCGACACAUCAGUUAUGGGUGCGGACCACAAAGCAUUUGUGGAGAUAGUGUUCGAGAACCAUGAGAACAUAGUCCAAAGCUGGCACCUCGAUGGAUAUAAUUUCUUUGUGGUCGGAAUGGAUGGUGGCCUGUGGAAGCCAAAGAGUCGGAAACAGUAUAAUCUUGUAGAUGCAGUUUCUCGAUGCACGACACAGGUUUAUCCCAAGUCAUGGACUGCGGUUUAUGUGUCGCUCGACAAUGCGGGCAUGUGGAACUUAAGGAGUCAGUUUUGGGCAAGGCAAUACCUUGGACAACAAUUAUACCUGCGAGUGUAUACACCAGUUCAGUCAGUUAGGGAUGAGUAUCCUAUUCCAAAAAAUGCACUGCUUUGUGGAAGAGCGAAGAACAGACACACAUGA